UUCCUCCUCCGGACCUGCAGGGGGCGACUCGCAGCCUGACUCCAGAACAAACAUGGCGGCCUCGCUGGUUAGGUUUGUACGCGGAGGUUUUGGAAGAAGCUUUAACAUUGUCAGGAGUUCAAGUCUCCUCCAUCAGAUCAGAGCCUGCUCUUCCGAGAACUCCCCCACUAUCAGACCUAAGGAUUCAUCAGUUAUUUUCAACCAGCUGACAGCAUUUGGAGAAUAUGUGGCUGAAAUCAUGCCCAAGUAUGUUCAUCGUGCUCAGGUGACGGCUUUUAAUGAGCUGGAGGUGAUGAUCCAUCCUAGUGGAGUGAUUCCUGUCCUGACCUUCCUGAGUGAUCACACCAACGCCCAGUUCAAGAGCUUUAUCGACCUGACGGCUGUGGACGUUCCAUCACGUCAGAACCGCUUCGAGAUUGUGUACAACCUGCUGUCUCUACGCUUCAACUCUCGUAUUCGUAUCAAGACAUACACAGACGAGUUGACACCGAUAGACUCUACUGUCUCCAUCCACAAAGCUGCCAACUGGUUUGAGCGAGAGGUGUGGGACAUGUUCGGGGUGUUCAUUUCCAACCACCCUGACCUGAGGCGCAUCCUUACAGACUACGGCUUUGAGGGACACCCCUUGAGGAAGGACUUCCCUCUGUCAGGAUACGCAGAGGUGCGUUAUGACGAGGAGGUGAAGCACCUGGUGUUGGAGCCCUUAGCUCUGGCGCAGGAGAUGAGGAAGUUUGACCUGAACACUCCCUGGGAGGUGUUCCCUGCAUACCGAGAGCCCAAAGAGCCUGCAGCCAAACUGGAGGCUGGAGACCCCACCCCGGACAAGAAGUGAUGUCCCUCAGUUCAGUCCACACACUCGUCCUCACCCUGUCCUGAAUGUUUGUUAUUCUGGGACUCCAGCUGAACCCCACUUUAACUAUAUAUGUAAAUAAAAAUAAUAAUAAAAAGUCUUAAAA